AGGCCGCUAGAGCGGCCUGCAGUGGGCUGAGAGGAUCUUGCUGCUGCUGGAGACCUGCGUUGGCCUUGGCAUGACUGUGGGGCAGUGGGCCGGUGAGCCCGGGAGGGGCUGUUCCUGGGAGCGGAGCCGAGGCCGGGAUUUCUCCCGAGACACUGCACGGCCGAUUUUUUCCGAAAAGAGACCGUAGCUAUGGAAACCAGAACGCUGGGCUGGCGGGGACUGUGGCCCAGCGACCGUGAUGGGUCUUCGUUGUCCCGGAGUCCCUCGCCGGAGGCUUCGCAGUGUGACUUCCUGGACGAACUCGUGUGCCCUCCGAGAGAGAGUUUUCUGUGGACACAAAAAGAUGCUCUCAGACGGCACUGACGGCUGACCCACUCCCUGCCUUGAUGACAGCAUCCCCGUGUGCCUUCCCGGUUCAGUUCCGGCAGCCCUCAAUCAGCGGCCUCUCACAGAUUACCAGAAGCCUCUAUCUCAGCAAUGGCGGUGCUGCCAACAACAAGCUCCUGCUGUCCAGCCACCAGAUCACCACGGUCAUCAACGUCUCGGUGGAGGUGGUGAACACCUUGUAUGAGGACAUCCAGUAUAUGCAGGUGCCUGUGGCUGACAUGCCUGUCUCGCAGCUCCGUGACUUCUUCGACCCUAUUGCCGACCACAUCCACAGUGUGGAUCUGAAACAGGGUCGCACCCUGCUGCACUGUGCCGCUGGCGUGAGCCGCUCGGCCACCCUGUGCCUGGCCUACCUCAUGAAGUACCAUGCCAUGUCCCUGCUGGACGCCCACACGUGGACCAAGUCGUGCCGACCCAUCAUUCGACCCAACAGUGGUUUUUGGGAGCAGCUCAUCCACUACGAGUUCCAGCUGUUUGGCAAGAAUACCGUGCGCAUGGUCAGCUCCCCAGUGGGCAUGAUCCCUGACAUCUAUGAGAAGGAGGUCCGCUUGAUGAUUCCACUGUGAGCCGUCCCACCCGCCCCUGCAUCGGGGGCUAGGGGUACAGACCUGUUGAUCCUGGACCAAGAUCUAAACUCAAACAUUCUACUUCUGUUGAUGCAGCAAAAAACAGAUGAUGCCUUUAUAAGGUCAAGAAAGAAGAAAGAGUUGCUGCAGCUUUUCACUUUGUAGCCCAUAGCUUUAAAGAUGAAACUUACUGGGGCCAGCAAGUAAGUGGUGGUUAAGGCACUGGACUCUCACAUAGCCGACUACA